CAGGGGACGAUCCUAACCGGCUUACCCAAGCGCAGGAUAAAUGCCCAGCCGGCACCCUGCUGGGGGAGCCUGGCCACUCAAACCCGCGGCCCCCUGAGACCUGCCCAGUGCUUGGACUUCCUCUCUUCUGCUGGGUUGAGACCUGCAAGGGGGGCGGAAGCAAGGGGGCUGACCAGGAGCCCCCCAGCCUGGUGUGCCCCCAGCCCACGGCGCGAGGGAGUCUAGAAGCCAGAGGUUGCUGUGGGGGUCUCUGCCAUCCUGGCCAUGAACCUGGAGCCGCCCAAGGCCGAGAUCCGGUCAGCCACCAGGGUGACGGGGGGGCCCGUCACUCCCAGAAAAGGGCCCCCCAAAUUUAAGCAGCGGCAAACCAGGCAGUUCAAGAGCAAGCCCCCCAAGAAAGGCGUCCAAGGGUUUGGGGACGACAUUCCCGGAAUGGAAGGCCUGGGAACAGACAUCACGGUGAUCUGCCCAUGGGAGGCCUUCAACCACCUGGAGCUGCACGAACUGGCCCAGUAUGGCAUCAUCUAGUGCCAGAGCCUGACCCAGAGCCUCAGGGCCCUACCCCCUGCUGCCCACUGCCACCCCUGCUCAGGAUUCCUGCGAGGAGGCUGGCCCCCCUGAGGGUGUCCAGGUUGCCCAGUUUGUGUCUGGAGACCCUUGCAGGGUGGCAACCUCAGGCCCCCAGAUGCCAGUUACCAGAAGCCCACCAGCUCCCUGUAGGACACCCCGGGGCCAGUCAGGCCCUGCUUAGCUUCCGAAACACUGGCCCACAGACCUUUUCUUAGGGCUGGAAAGCCAGGGCAGGGUAUCCCAGGAAUGUCCCUCACAGCCCGCUCCCGUCCUGCUGUGUGGUGGUGAGACCAAGCUCCCCUCGCUAGCCCUUCCCAGCUGCUGCCCUUGGGUUGGAAUGGGGCGGUGGGGGAGUCCUGGUGGCAUCCGACCAACACCCCUCCAAACCCAUCACCGGCAGGAAACAUCCUUUCCAACAUGGCCCAGCUUGCUGUCCCUGUUUCAAAAUAAACUUCGCAC